UUGUAAGUGAAGAUGGCGGACGAGGAGGCCGAGCAGGACCGCAGCGAGCGGAUCGACGCUUCCGACGCUUUUAAUGCGUUCUCAAAGCGACUCGACGAGAUAGCGGCGGCUUUAAAAAGCAGCACGGAGUCUCGUGACGAGUGCACGUCGCAGUACUGUUAUGACUUCUGUCAGGCAUUGGUGGAGUUUGCCAGUCUGUGGAAGAUAGAUGAGGAACCAUUAGCAGUACUGGAGGUUUACGUCAUCGCUCUUCUCAGCUUUACACAGGUGACCUCAUACCUUUCUGUACAGUGUGAAAAGGUGCCUGUCGUACUCGAAAGACUCUCACUGAGUUGUGUAGAGUUGCUGAUUUCCCUGCACCAGAAUGUCCCAGAUGUAUUGUGGGAAAGGUUUAGGUCAUCUGUUCAGACUGCCCAUUCAUCGGUACAGGAGAAGGGAAUCUCCCAGCUGAUGAUGCUCUACACCCUCUCACAAGAGCAAGGCAUAUGGACCAAUCCAACACUGCAGAGUAUCCUUAAAAAUGAUACACUAGCUCAAGAGAAAGUUCAUGAGUUCCUCACUCUUGAAGGACCAACAUUGCUUAUGCUACGAGUCAAGCACCUGAUCAAAGAGAAUUAUGUUGAGCAGGCUGCAUUGCUGGCCAAGGCCUGUGCUGAGAUCUCUCAAAUUGAAGAAAAGGGACACUUCAAACAGACAUACCUGGUUUGUUUGUGCACUAUUGCUCCACAGGAAAUUGUAAUGGAAGAGCUAUCGAGAGUGGACUGUCGUGAUGCUUUAGAGAUGAUUUGCAACCUUGAGGCAGACGGUGAUGAGAAAGCUGCAUUUACUUUGUGUUCUGGUUUUUUGACCCGUCAGAUUCUUCAAGAGGAUUCUUACUGUGCUUGGGAGCUGACUCUGUUCUGGGGCAAACUACUGAAGAGAUUAGAGCCUUCAGAGCAAGGCUUUUUAGACAGAUGUCGUCAAAUGUCGCUUCUGUCCAAAACUGUGUUCCAUCUACUCUUUUUCGUUAAAGUCGUCCAGUCAGAGAUGGAUAAAGAUGGACUGCCGACUUGCAUUGAGAUGUGUAUACGAGCUCUCCGAAUGGAGUCUUGUGAAGAUAGCACCAAGGCCACGGUCUGCAAAACCAUUUCCUGCCUGUUACCCUCAGACCUAGAGGUUAAACGGGCCUGCCAGCUGACACAGUUUCUCAUGGAGCCAACGGUUGACUCCUAUUACGCGGUGGAAACUCUUUUCAAUGAGCCAGACCAGAAGCUAGAGGAAGAACAUCUACCAGUACCAAACUCACUGCGUUGUGAUCUAAUUUUAGUCCUCAAAACCCAAUGGCCUUUUGACCCUGAGUUCUGGGACUGGAAGACAUUAAAACGCCACUGUUUGGGUCUUAUGGGAGAGGAGGCCUCUAUCGUGUCCUCCAUUGAUGAACUAAAUGAUGGUGACCCUGAGGCAUCAGAGGAAGAGGCGAACUUGUUCGGUGGGGAGUUUAAGGAUGUAACUCAGCGGUUUGUGGAUGCAACUAAUGAACUGAAUGAAAUUGCAGAUCAGAAGCAGAAGAACAGAGAGAUAAAAAAGUUGAGAGAAAAAGGCUUUGUUUCUGCUCGGUUCAGGAAUUGGCAGGCUUACAUGCAGUAUUGUGUUUUGUGUGAUAAGGAGUUUCUCGGUCACAGAAUAGUGCGACAUGCACAAACUCACUUUAAGGAUGGAUGCUACACCUGCCCAAUAUGUUUAGAGACAUUUGAUGCAAGAGAGACUCUCGAACCACACGUUGCAUCGCAUGUGAAACUUUCAUGUAAAGAACGUCUGGCAGCGAUGGACACGAGUAAGAAAUUAGCCAACCCAAAAACUGCCGCUCCUGUCAUAGCUGCUCUGAAAGCUAAAAGUGGUGAGAAUCAGCUGCGAAAGACCAAAGCAAAAACCAACUGCAACAGGGACUCCAACAAACUCCUUAAUGGAGAUGCCGAUGACUCAGAGCGUUUGGACUUAAAUGAUGGUAGCGAAGGGAGUAUUUGCCCGGUUCAGAGCUGCCGGAAGGGAUUUAAAUACUUUCGUAAUCUUCUUGCUCACGUAAAAGAUCACGGGGACAACGACGAAGCAAAGCGCUUUCUUGAAAUGCAGAGCACAAAAGUAGUGUGUCAGUAUUGCCGUCGUCAGUUUGUCAGCGUUGAUCACCUGAACGAUCACUUACAGGUACACUGUGGCACAAAACCCUACAUUUGCAUACAGCUUAAUUGCAAAGCCAGUUUUGACUCUAAUGCUGAACUUCUUGUACAUAAAAAAGACCACCCAAUCUUCAAGGCUAAGUGUAUGUUUCCAGGUUGUGGCAAGAUUUUUCAUGAAGCCUAUAAACUGUAUGAUCAUGAGGCACAGCAUUACAAAACAUUUACCUGCAAAGCACCAGACUGUGGUAAAGUGUUUCAUUGUCAGGCCGAGUUAGAUCUCCACACUGAGGGUCACGUCACAAAAGUGGAAUCCCAGAGCACUGACGGCCAACCUACAGAACCUUAUCAAGAACAGUUGCAUCAGCCAGACCCCGCCUUGGUCACACAUUUAAAUGGCAUUGGCGUGGAUCCUCUUGUGGACCGUCCUUCAGCCACGGUGUUAGUAAAGCAUUCUGUCGAAAAUAUGCUAAAAGGUGCUUUUGCAGUUUCCUCUGAAGGGUCCAUCCAUCCAGAAAUAGGUAAACCUAAACGGCAAGAAGAGAAUCCUAUCUAUCAGCAGAUCCCUCAAACAAAUGACCAUCUGACCCAGCCAGCCAUGGGUGCACACAUGUCUCAUUUAAAUCAGUUUGGGCCAGAGGAAUCUCUGCUGGAGGCAUUGAUGAAUGAUUCAGAUCCCAUGCCCUCUACAUCUUCUUACCAGAGCUUAUUAGAGGACUUUCUGCCUGUUCCAGCGACUGAUGUUUUGCAAGACCAGCUACCAACCACUGAUUUGGGGAAGGCUUCAUUAUACAACAAUACAAAUGGAGUGUUUGGGCAGUACAGUCCCAAUCCUUUGGGUCAGAUUCAGUCGCAGUAUUCAAACAUUUACCCUAAUAACAUGACGCCACAAACGCAGCCUUGUCACAGUGCAACGCCACUUGUGUCAUUGUGUCAGAUGGUUCCACCUGUUUCACAAACGCUUCCUCUUCAAAUUGCUCCAUUACCACCAAGUAAUGGACAAACAUCUGAAAUCAAAACUGUCCAACCGGUAGGCACAAACAGUGCUGUACAAGUGGUGAAAGAAAAAGAAAGACACAAAUGUCCACAUGAUUCAUGUACCCGAGACUAUAGCUCUUACAGGAGUGUAACUAAGCACAUGAAGGCUGUUCAUCCUGAUUUUUACACACAGUGGAAACUAGCGAAGAAGAACAACAUGGCACCCCGUUCUGUUUCUAUGAAAGGACGUGUCAGUUCAAUUCGACGAGACAAGAUGGGUCAAAAAGUCCCUGGCCCUGUUGUUCAAACACAGAACCCCCUUAGUCCAUCUAAUCCCUACUCAACAAACUGCAUAAACCCCAGUUUUCCUUCUGUCGCCUCUCAUAUAACUUCUCCCCCCACAGGCCAUAUCCAAACCAAUGGAAUGGACAACAUAUUGGAUCCCAUUGUGACCUCUCAACUUGGAAAUGGUACAAAUCAGUCUCAAAUGCAAUCUGCCCACUCAUGGGACUCCAGGAACAAUUCAUUGCCCCAACAACAGACAUGUCAUUCCCAGGCAAUGCCUCAAAACAUGAACACCAUGUUAAAUAGUAAUUUUACUCCUCACUUGGACACAGCUUCUAGUGAAAAUCCCAUGCAUAGAGGAAUGCACUAUAUUACUCUACAAUCACAGAAUAAUCCUAACAUUUCACCUGCGCCAGCCCCAGUGGACAGUGUUCAAAAGCUAAUUGGACCCACCAAUAACAGUUUGCAUUCACUUGGCAACAUCCAUCCACCUCAACAAGUCAUGAGUCCUAAUAUGAUGGGAGUUGGUAAUUCUGUAGCAAAUCCAACUUCGUCCCCUGCUCAAACGUCUGUGUUACCCUCUUACACUGACAGUCUGAACAGUUCAAUUCCUAAAGAUUCAUCCGUAUGCAAUGAUACUUUCUCUGGAGUAACACACACUGAGUGUGUAGUGAAGAUGGAAAGGGAAGAGGAUCCCAAUUUACAUAUACCACUUUCAAGCAUUGGAGCUGCCCCAUUAGAUGAGAGUUCUUCUCACAAUAACACUGGACAUGUGUCAGACGGCAAGGGCAAAAAAAAGGUCAAACGAAGCAAAAGAACAAAGUGGCCUGCCAUUAUUAAAGAUGGAAAGUUUAUUUGUUGCAGGUGCUAUCGAGAAUUUCCAAGUCCUAAAUCUCUUGGAGGGCACUUAUCAAAGCGUUCUUAUUGCAAACCAUUUGAGGAAACUGACCUAACAACUGAUCUUCCGAGCUCCUUUCUUGAUCUUCUCAAUUCACCUCAUCCAACACCUUCCUCAUAUGUGAACCUGGAGCUGUCUGUGCACCCACCAGUUAAAGGCCCUCUUGAUCCGAAACUAUUUCCCAAUGUCACUUAUCCCCAAGCUAAUGGUUCCAUUCACACGAACAAUGAUAAACAGAUGGAAGAAGUGUUCAAGCAAAGCCCAUCAAAUUUGUGUGUGAGCUCUGGAAAAGAACAACAGAUGCUUCCAGAUGCCGGUGGAGUGUAUACUCAAAGCAAUCGCAUGUCAGAAACUAGUGUUAUACAGCACACAGAUAGUGUGAAAAAUCAACUACAAGCAAGUUACCCAGAGCUGUCCAACCCUAUUUUUAAUAAUGGUCUUAGUGAUCCUCUUCUUUCUCAGUUGUUGGCUGAGGACCACUCUGCAUCCUCCCCAGGUAGUGGAUCUUCAGAUCAUGUCAGUCAAUUUCUUCAAGCUAAAACUAUGAAUAAAAUGAAAGAGAGCAAGGACAAAACAUCUGUCGUCAAUGCAAGUGAGUUAUCAAAUGAUGGACUUCUGGCAGCCAUGGCCACUCUUGCUCAUAAUUUAGUGUCUGAAAAGAGCGUCAAAGAGAGACUGCGUGAACAGAUAUUGGCUGGAGACCCCAACAAAAAACCCAGCAGUUUGCCUGGUGAAUCAAGUGUUGAGAGUCCCUGCUCACAAAUGUCUGUAGCAAGUUCGGUGACUGAAGAUAUGCAGCGUAGCUCAAACGUUAAUCAGAAUUUUACUCAAAAUGAGCAGGAAAUUGUGGGAAAUGCUGCUGGGAGUUCUGCCAAAACUGUUCUGGAGUUGGGAGACGACAAUCCGAACGAGGGCUUAAUUCAAACCAAGUCCUCUGCACCGUCAGGACCUGCUGUGAAUGACCAAAUCGCAGCCAAAGUGGAUGAAAUCUUGGAAAUUCAAAAUGCUUUGGAGAAGCUUGACCUAGACAGAGAUAUCAAUGAAGAUAGCAGCACUGUCAGUGGUGCUAAAGUGAAUGACGAGAAGCCUAAUAAGCCAGUAGAGUCCAAAGGUUCACCCGCUGAGAUGCCAAGUUUUGUGAAACCAUUUGGAUGUGAUGCAAAGGGUUGUACUUACAGAGCAAUGACAAAAGAUGCUCUUUUUAAACAUCUAAUCAAACUGCACAAUUACACAGAUGACAUGCUCGCUCAGUUAAAAGACCAGUUUAAUGUCGCCCCUUUCACCUGUCAAAAAUGUUCCAAGGCAUUCACACGCAACUCCAACCUCAGAGCCCAUUAUCUAACAAUUCAUAAUUUUUCACAGGAAGAUUGGAAAAAGAUGAAAAUGAAUUGUCAGUCGAUUCACAUGCUGAAGGAAAGUGACAAAGGAAGCCCUUGCCCAGUGCCAGAAUUUGUGUCCAAUCAAGUGAAAAAAAUGCCACUUCCAGAUGAGUGUCAGCAGCAAGAAGCUGCUUCAGUAAAAUCAGGGUCCUUGAAAGUGAAUAAAAUCAAAAAAUCUAUUUGCGUCACCCCAUCAUUUGUCCAGCAAACCGCUGUCGUGCCUAAAGGCAAACGUCUUGCUAUAAAAAAACAGGCAUUAACUUGGGAAGUUCCGAUUACUAUUCAACCCUCAGUCAUUGUGUCUGGUCAUUCUUCAAUGAAUCCAAAAGUAGAUCAGCUUCCAAAUACAUGGUGUCCUGGUCAGGUGCAUGGCUCCCCCCUUAAAGAACUUCUACCUAUGCCUCCCUUAACCCAAAAUCCGUCAGCACCUGAACAGAAAGCAAAUAAGUCAGUGGACAUAAAGCCCAAACCUAGCAAGCCCCGACCGGCAAAGCCAAAAGAAUCUCCCAAAAAAACAAAAGAGAAAAAGGUAGAAACUGAUGAUGCAUUUAGUCCCUACAGACCUUAUCGUUGUGUUCACAACGGCUGUGUGGCGGCAUUUACAAUUCAGCAAAAUUUGAUUCUACAUUACAAAGCGGUGCAUCAGUCGGCUUUGCCUAAAUUUGAGGUGAACAAUCAAGAUGAGCAAAACGAUGAUGAGACAGAGGAAAAUGGUAAGAAUGAGGAGAACGAGGACACUCCAGAUAGUGAAAUUAAAGAGGUGGAUGAGUUCAGGUGUCAAGUCAAAGACUGUUCUUGUAUUUUCCAGUCAGUUCCAGACUUGCUACAGCAUUACCUUCAGCUGCACAAGUUAACCCUCGAGAAAGCAGGUGCCAUGAUGUGCAGCAUCAAUCUGGGCCGGUUUCAGUGUGAUCAGCCAGACUGCUCUGAGAGUUUUACAGGCUUUUGGAAGUAUAUCAAUCAUGUCGAUACAAAGCAUAAAGAUAUAAAAAUCUCUCAAGUUGAGGCUGUGGAGGGCUUGUUCAGAUGUCAGGUGGAGGGUUGUGAAUGCGCUUACAGCACACGGUCAAAUCUACUGCGGCACACCAUGAAGAAACACCAUGAUGUUUACAAACGAAUGCUUAUGAACCCACAAGAAAGCAGGGGGGUUAAACUCGGUCGUCCGAGGAAAAAUCCUUUAGACGUCGUUGAAAAAGAAAACAGGGAAAAUCGGGAAACGAACAAGAAGCCAAUAAAAAAGGGGUGUCUGAAAAAGAAAAAAGAUAAGAAAAACAAUUGGACCAAAUAUGGAAAGCCCAUUUUGAAAACCCAGGAAGAAGCUUCUGCGAUGUGCACAAAACGAUUACAACUGCAGUAUGCUUGUAUGAUAAAAGGUUGUGAAACUGUGACCGGUUCAGAAAGAAAUAUAAUGAAACAUUACCUGCAGCAUGGUCUCCCAAAACAGUACCUGGAGGAACAGAGAAGCAACUUUAUAUACUGUAAAAAGUUACCCCGAUCCAGAUAUAAAGGUAUCGCGUCCAGAAGUGACGACACUGAUAAAUCUGCAGAGAGCUCCAUCGAGACAUCUGAUAACGAGGAAACUGUUGAGCCGGGUCCGAGCGAAUCUGAGUUCUCAAAACCCACAUCUGAGAAAGAAAGCACAGAGGAUGCAGAUCUAUCAGACGCCAAGCCUACCACAGACACGUGUUCAGAGAUAUCCGUAGUGGUAAAACGGCGGAGGGGACGCCCACGCAAGGGCGAUGGCAAAACAGACCGAUCAUUCGCACGUAACAGGACAACGAAGCCAAGGACCGCGAGAAGCUGUGCUGUGAGUUAUCUAGACGUAAACUCUGAUUCCACCUCCUCUAGCGCUACUCUGACCCAGGAGGAUGUCUCUGAUCCAAACACACCAUUGAAUUCGUUCAAGCCCAUGGGAUUUGAGGUGUCCUUUCUUCAGUUUCUUAAGGAAUCAAGGACACCCAAUAAGCGAAAGGCUACAGUACCGAUAAAUGGAAGUUCAUGUAAGCGGAUGGCUGCUUUCCAUCUAAAGACUGCGACAGUGGUGUGCAGAAGAUCUGAUGCAAUAAUGCCCUCACGGGAUGUCCUCCAACUUGUUGAAUUUAAAAAUCCUCAAAAGUUGACUUGUCUCAGCAAUGUCACGUUUGAAGUGCAUAAAGUCUUUUCUGAUGUCCUUGAACUUCUGCUCAAACAGCUUCAUGACAUGCGACCCACAGUGAUUCUCGAAAAAGAAAAUUAAUUUACAUGAACUUUUGUUGUUGGAACUCAGGAUUAAGGUUCAUUGCUGCAAACUGGUGUCUAGUCAAAUGGUUUUAUCUCUGGUAUGACAUGAACGCAGAACAGCUGUUGCUCGUCGAAGGAGCUGUGGAAUUAUUUUUAAUUAUGUAGAAAACACUACGUGCCCUUGAUCUUAAUGACCCCUAUAGUAUGAUGUUUAUAACUUGUCAAGACAGCUUGUGUAUGUUAACCUCACGUGAUAGUUGCAGUAGAUGAUGAAAUACCUCUAAAGCAUGCGUGUCCUUAUAUAAAGCCCAUCAGCACAUUUUCUUGCCUUGAUUUUGGUUCCUUUAUUAUCUGUUUUGAGUAUUGGAUAGGCUCAUGACUUUGUAAUAUUCUAUUGAACUUUUUCUAUCCAACUGAAAGUGAUUCAUGAUCAGUUCUGAGGUUAUGUGCUGUGUAAGAAUUGUAACCGUUUUGGUCAUGUUUACCUUGUAAAUCUGAAAUUUGUCAAAAAUGUUGUGUCUGGUUCUUUGAUCAACUACUGCCACCAGCAGUCUGUAUGUUACUCAAUAGAUACCAAUUUAAUACAGCUUGCAUUUUCUUACUCUGUCUUGGACUCAUUCUUAAUGACAAAGUGUGAUUUUUUUUCACGCAUUUAUUCAUUCAGCAGAUGCGUCUGUCCAAAGCGACUUGCAAAUUCAUUUUAUUGCCGGUAGUACAAUAUUAUUAAGUUUUAGUCACAACAUUGUGUUAACAAGUAUUGUUAGCAAGUACACGAAGAGAUGAAGGAAAGAGAGAAUUAGUCUGAUUUUUUCUUCUGCUAUCAUGUUGCACUUCUGUUACCAUCAUCCUGAUCUGGGUACUUCAAAAUUUGGUUAGUAUCAAUCUUUUCAGUGGCCAUUACUAAUACACUUUCAGCGAAAAAGUUACAAAAGUUGUCACUAAGGUGACACCUUUAAAUAGGUCCAAAUACCUACUAUUUAGGUACUGAUUUGUACCUUUAAGUGUGAACCUUUAUAGCAGUGGUCACCAAUCCUGGUCCUGGAGGGCGGUGUCUCUGUAGAGUAAGAAGCCGUUUCUCAAUAUGCGUUCUUGUCUGUUCUUGUGGACUUGUGAAACGUCAUCAGUUGCAGCCCAAGAACUGUUCCAAUUCAAAGUUCGCGUCAAGCCCAAGUUCGCAUAAAAUCCCCGGAUGUGUUCUUGAUCCGCCCAUUUUAUCGAGGAUGCAUCAGAGGAGACUUGUGUGGACUUAUGACAGCGAAGAUUCCCAGAAUGCAUUCCGCGUCAGGAGUUCGUUCUUCCGAGUCUGAACUUGAAACUUCGAACUACGAAGGACACAAGUCCGAGUUCGGCGUACUUGGUUUUGAGAAACGGCUAGAGACAACAAACACACCUAAUCAAACACACCUGAAGCAGCUAAUUAAGGUGUUUCAGGUGUGUUUAAUUAGGGUUGGAGCUAAACUCUGCAGAGACACCGGCCCUCCAGGAACAGGAUUAGUGACUACUGCUUUAGAGGUAGCAAUAUUCACCUGGCUUUUAGGUACAAAAGUGUACUGUUUGAGAAGGUACUGCUUCAGUGACAACUUUAGUGGAUUUUUUUCCCUUUUUUUAAGAGUCUACAAGGAGAGCAGGUUGGCUGAUGCCAGUACGUAUAUAAUGAUAGCAAGUGAGAACGUUGUCAAGCUGUAAAAAAUACUCAAACAAUAUUUAUUAUAAAACUACACAGUUUUGUUGGAAGAACCACUUGUGUUUAUUGGCCAUGAAAACACUGUUAACAGAUCUCAUGGGAAUUUGUACAUAUUUUACAAGUUGGCUAUUUCAAAUCUUAUAUGGCAAAAAAAAUAUAUUUCAAAAUAUACAAAAAUGGCCAAAAAAUACUGAAAUAUAUUCUGAAAUAUGUUUACAAAAUUUUUUUUCUUGUAUAUGUUAUUGUCCGUUUUUGUCUAGUUUAUAUUAUAUCAUAUAUUUUAAAGCAUUUAUAUUCACUUUGUGUUGGAAGAAAAACUUUGUAUUGUAAAACCUAUAAACAACUGGAAACUGCAAGAAUAUACUUAGAAUUAUACACACUUAUAGACUUUAUACUUCUACUUUAUACAUUUUAUUCAAACUUUUAUUUGGGCCAUAAAAAUAUAUUUUUGCUGUUUGGGUUGUAAAAUUAGAAAUGUAUUUGUUGCCCCUGAAAUACAUUUUGAAUUAUAUGUUAAUAUAAUAAUUUAUGAAGGUUAAAUAAAAUAUGUGAAGGUUAAAAACUAAAUAUAUUUUUAUUCAAUAAUAUAUUUACUUAAGCAUUACUUUUUACUAAAUUAAUUUAGAAUAUAUUUUUAAAAACAUAUUUUUGGCCAAAGAAAUUUGUUUUUUGCAUUAUGGGAUGAAUUCGUACAAAAUGUAAAAAAUAUAAACAGUAAUGAAACCCCGCCCCUAACGCCAACGUCACGGGGCGAAAUCAGUUUGUUCAGAAAUGUGUGAAUGUGGAUGUAUGAAUUAAAGGAACAGUAUGUAGGAUUGUAGCCAAAACUGGUAUUGCAAUCACAAAACUUGUGGCUAAAACUGGUACUGCAAUCACACAGCAGGGGCCCGUUCUUCGUACGUCGCUAACUCAGUUAGCUGGAUUUGAUUGUUGAUGAUUUGGCAUGAUCUUGGAUUAUUUGGUUCUUCGAAGCUCAUUCUAAACUUGCUGUCAUAGCAACAGGUCCCUAAGCUCAAACCUGCUCGGGAGCAGGCUUAUUUCAUGUAAACAAGAUUAGUUUGUACCUUUUUAAGCGGAUGUGAUACGGAAAGUCUGACGCAGUCGCGUAUUCUUCAUUAUACGAGCGCAAUCUGCGUAAGAUGCAUGAUUAAUAUAAAGAGCUUUUCAAAUUCAACACGUAAUAAAAAAAGAAUAUAUUAAUUAAAUCUUUUAGCGAUGUUAUUUAAAAAAUAUAUAAUAUAACAAAUAUAUUUUCCUGUACUUGUGCGACUUGUUUUUGUGUAACAGGUGUUUGAUUAUUAUUCUUAAACGAAUGACAUGCUGAUCACAUUCAUUUUAAAUUUGUUUGAAUUUUCCUUAAUAAAAACAGCAAUUAAUCAUACCCAGCACUAAUAGAUGUUAUGUACAAUAAAGACUAUUACUCAGUGUGAAAUAAUUUUCAUUUGAAUAAACUAAUCUCCUAUUUUA